AUGCCUCCCGUUCCCGCGACCGCGUCGGCUGAUGCCGUCAGCCGCGACAUUGCCAUGACUGACGCCGCCGCCGUCGAGCCGGCUUCGUCUCCUGUCCCAAUGCCGCAGGCAGCCCCAGGCGCCCCCAGCCCGGCGCCCGGCCGAACCGGUACGCCCAGCCGCAACCUCAACGGCGAGGCUGGCUCCCGCGCUGGCUCGGUUCACCCCGACCCGCACCCCGCGAACCUCCCCAACCAGGCGGUCGAGCACGGCGACACCGCCCGGAAGUACAUCAACAGCCACGUGAGCGCCGUCCUCCUCGAGGGAAUGAAGAUCAUUGGCAAGAACCAGCCGAAGAAUCCCCUCAAGGUCUUGGGCGACUUCCUGCUUGAAGAAUCCCGCAAGCGAGGCGAGCCCUCUGGCUAA